AUGUCCGUGAUUCAUCCUCCGGCUCCGUCGGGGAACGCGGCUCGUUCGUUAUUUUCAGUUUGCCUGCACCCGGCCCGGGAUAAACUACUUCACUCGGAGGAUGUUUUUCAUUCUUCGGCUCAAGACUGCUCCACGUCCGGUGCAACCACCUUAAAAAUACUUCCGGCUGAAAAUGAUAUGCCGGAGCUAGUGGAAUUUCGGGAGCGGAAUCAAACUUUCAGGAUUUAUGAUUUGGACUGUGAAAUUAGUGAGAUUGGUGAAAUUAGUGAGACUGAGGGGAGUGAAGGUGGGAAGUGUAGUUCCGGAAAUCGGGAGAAUGGAAAUGAAAGGAGCGAGAAGAAAGAUGAUCAAGUUAUGGUCCCUUCGGAUCCCUCGGAAUGGAAUGCGAGUCACGUGGCUUCUUGGCUCUCCUGGUGUACCAGAGCAUUUUCCAUAAAUCCAGGUCCAGUUCCCUCAGAAUUACCCAAGUCGGGAAAGGAACUCCUGGAACUGAAUCUGAGUCAUUGGGAGAAAAUACCUGGGGGGAAAGUGCUUGCAAGACACCUUGGAUACCUGAGACUCCAGGCAACUGGGGUCAGAGUUGAUGCUCUUCUCCAGGAAGAACACAUUUCUGAGAGGUUCGGCCUCCUGCAACGAACGUGUUCUCUGAUUGGCUCAGCCGGAGGCAGUGGGUCGGGGGCGGUUGGGGGCGGCCAAGUUCAACUUUGGCAGUUCCUGCUGGAGCUUCUCUCGGAUUCGUCGAAUUCCUCAUGCAUUGCGUGGGAGGGCUCGAACGGGGAGUUCAAACUCACUGAUCCUGACGAAGUGGCACGAAGAUGGGGAGAGCGCAAGAGCAAACCCAACAUGAACUAUGAUAAACUUUCGCGAGCACUCAGGUAUUAUUAUGAUAAAAAUAUAAUGACGAAAGUUCACGGGAAGAGAUACGCCUACAAGUUCGACUUUCAUGGACUAAUGAUAGCGUGUCAGGCACAGUCUGGAGUUUCUCUGGAAUCGGGAACAAAUUCUCGCGGAUCUGGGCCCACAACCUGUCAUCCACAUCACUCUCAUCAUCUUUUUUCAAAUGGCGCAGCAACUUCUCAACAUCCACAACCCCCACCACCUCCCCCUCCACCACCUCAUUAUUGUUGGCCUUACCAUCGAUUUCCCUCCCCCACCUAA